AGUCCUGCUCUGAUGAUGUAAGAGUUGUACUGCGUCACUAGCAGGUGCAUGACAGAAAAUAAAUACAUAGCUUAGGUACAGGUUGAAUCUUUCCGAUCUCUUCAUAUGGAUUUCUCACCUAUGGAGCACAGACAGGCCGAGUCUCCUCCCUCAUAUGACUCUGUGGUGAAUCACAACACACCUCCACCUUCAUAUCCGAGUCUUCAGACAUUGUCAGCCACCCAAGCCCAGCCGUACUACAUACCUCAGCCAGUACAUCAAACACCUGCUCCUCAUGUAGCACAGACAAUCCCAACACAGAGAAGUCAAGCUUCCUCCUUCAGGAACAGAAGGUAUUGCUAUGGCGGGUCGAGUGGUACUGCUGUUAUAGUUGUGCUGGUUGUAAUUGCCGUCUGGAUAGGAGUGCGUUAUGGGUCGUCACUAUGGACUCUCUCAGAGAAAGAAGCGGAGCCAGACACGUGCCCUCCUUCAUCAGUCAACUGUGAUGGGAAGAAAGACUGUUCUCUAGGCAGUGAUGAAUCUCGCUGUGUACGGUUUGGUGAAGCAAAUGAAUUGCAGGUCAUGACCUCUCCUACCCAAAAGUUCCUUCCAGUCUGUGCACAGGGCUGGAAUAAAAACAUAGCAGACCAAACCUGCCAACAGCUUGGCUUUAGACAGAGUUAUGAAAAUGGUGUCUUGCCAGCCAGCUCAUCUCCCUUUCAAAGUCUGAACAGUCAGUUUACAAACACCAUCCAGGGGAGUGUUAAUAUAAGUACGUCCUGUACUGGUCAGCAGAUUGUAUCCCUGCAGUGCAUUAAGUGUGGACAGCCACCAGGAACGAGGAUCGUAGGGGGAAGUCAGGCUUCUGAGGGUGAGUGGCCGUGGCAGGCCAGUCUGCAUUUCCAAGGGGGUCACACAUGUGGAGGAACUCUGGUGGCUCCAGAUUUUGUCAUCACUGCUGCUCACUGCUUCCCCAAAGCAACAUCCGGCUCUCGGUUGCCUAGUAACUGGAGAGUGUAUAUUAGUGUGGUGUCCCAGCUCCGGCUACCCAACCCAUAUUAUGUGAACAAAAUAUUACAUGAGAAUUAUGACUCAACGACAAAAAACUAUGAUAUUGCCUUGCUAAAACUCACUAAACCUGCCAAUGACAUACAGCCUGCCUGCCUGCCUGUGUUUGGCCAGACAUUUCCUGCUGCCAAACAGUGCUGGACCACAGGUUUUGGAGUUACCCGGUUUGAAGCUGAAAGUAGUUCCACUGUUUUGAUGAAGGUCGAUGUAAACCUGAUAGACUCAGAUGUGUGUAACUUAGCUACUGUUUACAAUGGACGUAUCACUGAGAAUAUGCAGUGUGCAGGAGAUCUUCAGGGAGGGAAAGACUCCUGCCAGGGGGACAGUGGAGGUCCACUGGUGUGUAAAGUUGAUGAUAAAUGGUUUCUCACAGGCGUAACAAGUUGGGGAGACGGCUGUGGAAGCAAGAACCGUCCAGGGGUCUACAGCAAUGUAGGGAAGCUUUUAAUGUGGAUAUAUGGCAAGAUGCAGCAAGAGCGUCCAUGACCUUCUACAACAGUGAAGAACAAAUCCUCACAUUCUACUCUGCUGUGUAAACAUUUUUAUGUACUGAAAUAUGUUUUCUCCUUUUUUUUAAAGUGAAAGAGCACACAGUGACAUGCACUUUUAAAGUAAAUAUAUAUUUCUGUAAAAAAAAUUAAUUAAUUAUUUAAAUCAUGAAGAAUCAAAAAGUCUUCCUUUUGUAAAUGUGUCUGUUUUAUUUGGAGAUAUUAAUGUUAUUGAAUAAAAACAUGGAUUGUAUUAGUGUUUGUGUUUUAUGUACUGAGGAGGCCAUUAAGUAUGCUGUUUCCUAACAAUAUAUGUUACACGUAGUUUCAAUAAUAUUUUAAAUUGAAUACAGUGAAGCAGCAUACUGUACUGAAGUCACCUUCACUCUGAGAGUAAAUCAGUAUGUUGUGAUGAUUUAAAAAAAAACAAUAUUACUGUUCUUGAGAACAAUUUCUUUUUUGUCUGAAGGGUGAACAUUGUCAGGAUCUUUCAACUUAGUCAUAAUUAUUAACUUUAGAAACAAUCCCACGUUUUUACACGCUGAUUUUCCAACUCCAGCUGUACGUAGACACAGGAGAGUCAAUAUUUUCCACUUGCACUAAUUUUGAAGAGCAAACUACUAAAACAAUCCAUUAGAUUUAUGAAUACUUCCACAUGAAAGUAAAGUUAUGUAUUUGUUUUACACUUCUUUACUUGUUCUUUAGGAAAUGACAGAUUAACUUUUAACUACCCACUGAAAUAGAACGAACGUCUCAG